AUCUAUCUAUCUAUCUAUCUAUCUAUCUAUCUGCAACGUUGCAAAUAUCCUCGACAUAGUUGACAGGCAUUUCGACCAAUAGGAAGCCUUAAAGUACAGUUACGUAAUCAUAAUAUACUCGAAGGACCAAUCACAGGACAGGAGGCGGGUUUCAAUCUGAUGUGUGCGUGCGCGCGUUCGUUCACGUGCUCGCAACACAUCGACUGGAGCCUGUCACGUGGCCGGAGAUGCCGGCCGCUGAUUGGCCAAUGUGAGCGGAGGGCGUGUCGCUGGUGGCGGCGUGCGUUUGCCUAUGUGACACAAUUACAACAACUUUGAGCCGAUGGUUGGGGAAGUUUGCGAUAUUAUCAUACAACACUCACUCCCGAAACCCAACAUUACAAGAACUUCAUGCACAAAUUGGAACUGGAAUACACGCUGUGUUUUGAUGUACAAUGAGGAGUGUGGAAGGUAACUUGAAGGGAUCAUUUCCUUGAGGAUUUGGCAAGAAUUACGCUACGCCCCGCUAAUCCUGGAUCGGUGUGCAACAGUUUCGUUGUGACUGAAUUUUGCCGGAGUUGCUCGGUGCCGUGGAUCUUCCCAUCGCUUUUCCAUGAAAUCGUGCGGAGUGUCGCUCACCGCCGCUGCCUCUGCUGCUGCCCGGAGUCUCGGCGUUGCUGGUAAUGACGAGGAGAAAAUGGCGUCGGGAAAAGCGACUGAAAUCGAAGAGGACUUUCCGAAGCUAACAGCGCAAGAGAAAGAGAGCUUGGCCGGAAUUGACAGUUCACUGUUUGGAUUUCAUAGGCUUCAAGAAGAUGGCGCCAGAACGAAGGCCUUGCUGUUAAAGGCUGUCAGCUGCUAUGAUGCCCUCAUCCUGAAAGCAGAGGGGAAAGUGGAACCCGACGUUUUCUGCCAGCUCGGCCAUUUCAACCUCCUCCUGGAGGACUAUCCAAAAGCAUUAUCUGCAUACCAGAGGUACUUUAGUUUACAGUCGGACUACUGGAAGAAUGCCGCCUUUUUAUACGGCCUUGGGAUGGUUUACUUCCAUUACAACGCAUUUCAGUGGGCAAUCAAGGCAUUCCAGGAGGUGCUUUACAUCGACCCCAGUUUCUCAAGAGCUAAAGAGAUUCACCUGAGACUGGGGCUCAUGUUUAAAGUCAACACAGUCUACGAGUCAAGCUUAAAGCAUUUUCAGCUGGCUUUGAUCGACUCCAAUCUCUGCACUUUGUCCAAAGCUGAAAUUCAGUUCCACAUCGCUCAUUUGUAUGAGAUCCAGAAGAAAUACAAGGCAGCGAAAGAGGCGUACGAAAGUCUGUUGCAGACGGAAAAUCUUCCUGCACAGGUGAAGGCGACAACUCUGCAACAACUUGGCUGGAUGCAUCACACGGUGGAACAGCUCGGGGACAAAGGCACCAAGGACAGCUAUGCCAUCCAGUGUCUGCAGAAGUCUUUAGAAGCAGACCCAAACUCUGGCCAGUCCUGGUACUUUCUCGGCAGGUGCUACUCCAGUAUUGGAAAGGUGCAGGAUGCCUUCAUCUCUUACCGUCAGUCCAUUGAUAAGUCGGAGGCCAGUGCUGACACCUGGUGCUCCAUAGGCGUGCUCUACCAGCAGCAGAACCAGCCUAUGGAUGCGCUGCAGGCCUACAUCUGUGCCGUUCAACUGGACCACAGUCACGCCGCCGCCUGGAUGGACCUGGGAACCCUCUACGAGUCCUGCGGGCAGCCACACGACGCCAUCAAGUGCUACGUCAACGCUACGCGCAGCAAGGCCUGCCUCAACACGGCUGCACUCACGCAACGCAUCAAGCUGCUGCAGGCUCAGUUGUGUAACCUACAGCCAGGUAGUCUGCAGAAUAAGAGUAAAAUGCUUCCUAGUAUUGAGGAGGCAUGGAGCCUGCCCAUUCCUGCUGAGCUCACGUCCAGGCAGGGGGCCUUGAACACUGCACAGGCACAGCAGGCCUGUAAGGGGGAAGGCAGCCAGUCUGCCAACAAUCACUCAGACCCACAGGCCAGUCCUGCCAAGAGGAAACGCACUGCCAGCCCAGCUAAGGGUGCUGCAGACUCAUGCACCAAUCAGCAGCAAAUCCCCAGCUGGUACCUAACACCACAGAAGCUUCAGCAACUGGAUCACCUGCGGACCAACCGAGCAAACCUCAAGCCCCCUCAGCUGCAGAUGUUGGAGCAGCUGGAGAGCCAGUUCUCUCUCAUGCAGCAGCAGCAGCAGCAGAUGAGGCAGCAGGCGGCAGCGGGUGGCCAGCCGCGGCCAAGCCUUCACAACGGUCCUUUGGCUGAGCCCUCCCACCUCCACCACGCAGGCCUCUCCCGCAACUCCCCCCUCAAUCACGCAGCCAUCCGGCCCCCGUGUGUCCCCCAGCCCACGGCCAAUGGAUCCUGUUCAAGUCCUUCAGCGGGGCCGCUGGGACACCUGGACAAAAAUCACACCCUGGGACUCGGAGGUGGUGGCGCGAGCAACGGAAACGUGCCUUACCCGCAGCAGAACUCUCUACCUCACAACUGCACCGCCGCCAGUCACCCCAGCACCAGCAGCACUACCAGUAGUCCCAGUCAUGCAGACGAGACAUGGAGGAGCCAACAACGCAACACUACCACUCAGGGGCUUCAAAAAGGUCCAGGUUCACAUUCGGCAGGUCCUAAUGGAGAACCCCCUUUCUCUUCCUCCCCUCAGACCUCGUUCUCAUCCUCUGGCAUUCUGAAUCAGGUCGGACAUUCCUCUGGGCCCUGCACUGCCUCUUCCUCUGCCUCCUCUUUGUCCCCCACCUCCCCCCAGACCACGCCCAACCACUUGUCCUCACCUCCCCACUCCACUACUACCUCAGGGGUGCACACCAAAGACACCACGCCUUCAGGGGGCAAGAACGGCAGCAGUGGUGCAGCUGCCACGUUGCCAUCAGGUCCGGAGGCAGCCGUCAGGCAUUCCGGAGGGACGCCGCUCAGUCCCGGCACCACCGCCGCCACGCAGGGAUUGACUAAUCACGUCCCGCGGGUGACAGACAGCUCCACUGGCCUGUCUCAGCCAGGCUCUCCUACCCCCGGCGUGCUCAGUUCAGACAAUCCUCAGCUCUCAGCCUUGCUAAAGGGAAAAGCCAAUGCUACCAGUAAUGACGAUAACAAUAACUACAGUAACCACGGAGGGUCUUCCUCAGAGAAAAUCAACAACGUCCACCCGGGUCUCCACGGUGCUGCUAAGCCAGUCUCCGAGCACUCGGUGGCGGCAUCGUCGCCACUUUCAGCCACUGCUACGCCCCCACUGCGUUCGACUGAUCCUCACACCACCAAUAGCCUCUCCUGCCUUAACAGCCCGUCCAACACCAACAGUCAGGGGCCCACACUCAAUGGGAAGGGGCCGGAGGACUCUCAGAGCCCACUGAAAGUGGAGCCUUCAAGUGGAACUCAUAAACACACUCCUGCUGGUCUGGCACCCUGGUCCUCAGUUUCCAUCUACCCCAGCUCCAGUGAAGUGCUUAAAGCUUGCAGGAACCUGGGGAAGAACGGCUUAUCGACGAGCAGCAUCCUCCUGGACAGGUGUCCUCCGCCACGGCCGCCUCACCCGCCCUCUCCUCUGCUGCCAAAGGACAAACUCAACCCCCCAACACCCAGUAUUUAUCUAGAAAACAAAAGGGACGCUUUCUUCCCUCCCCUCCACCAGUUCUGCACCAACCCCUCCAACCCGGUCACCGUCAUCAGAGGCCUGGCUGGAGCGCUCAAACUAGACUUGGGCCUGUUCUCCACCAAGACGCUGGUGGAGGCCAACCCGGACCAUCUGGUGGAGGUAAGGACCCAGCUGGCUCAGCCCACUGACGAGAACUGGGACCCCAGCGGCAGCAGGAAGAUGUGGCGCUGCGAGAGCAGCCGCUCCCACACCACCAUCAUCAGAUACGCCCAGUACCAGGCCUCGUCCUUCCAGGAGUCUCUGCGGGAGGAGAAUGAGAAGAAGAAGGAGGUGGAUGCUGACGCUGGCUCCUCAGACAGUGUCCUGCGGCGAAGGAAAGGUCCUUUCAAACACAUCAAGUUUGGCACCAACAUCGACCUCUCGGAUGAAAAGAAGUGGAAACAGCAGCUCCAGGAGCUGGCCAAGCUGCCCGCCUUUGCGAGGGUGGUGUCGGCUGGUAACCUGCUGAGCCACGUGGGACACACCAUCCUGGGCAUGAACACAGUGCAGCUGUACAUGAAGGUUCCAGGGAGCAGGACACCAGGUCACCAAGAAAACAACAACUUCUGUUCAGUCAACAUCAACAUCGGCCCCGGGGACUGUGAGUGGUUCGCUGUGCCUGAACCGUACUGGGGCGUCAUCAACGACUUCUGUGAAAAGAACAACAUCAACUUCCUGAUGGGCUCCUGGUGGCCCAACCUGGAGGACCUGUUUGAGACCAACGUGCCUGUUUACCGCUUCAUCCAGCGUCCUGGAGACUUGGUCUGGCUCAACACGGGCACCAUUCACUGGGUCCAGGCCAUUGGCUGGUGCAACAACAUCGCCUGGAAUGUGGGACCCCUCACAGCCCAUCAGUACAAGCUGGCAGUGGAGCGCUACGAGUGGAACAAACUGCAGAGCGUCAAAUCCAUCGUUCCCAUGAUCCACCUCUCAUGGAACAUGGCCAGGAACAUCAAAGUGUCCGACCACAAGCUCUUUGAGAUGAUCAAGUAUUGUUUGCUGCGGACUCUGAAGCAGUGUCAGAUGCAGCGGGAACUGCUGCUGGCUGCAGGGAAGGAGCUAGUGUGGCAUGGGAGGUCCCAGAACGAGCCGGCCCAUUACUGCAGCAUCUGUGAAGUGGAAGUGUUUGACCUGCUGUUCGUAACCAGUGAGAGCAACAGCAGGAAGACGUACGUGGUGCACUGCCAGGACUGCGCCCGUAGGGGGAGCACUAACCUGGACAACUUUGUGGUGCUGGAGCAGUACAAGAUAGAUGACCUCAUGCAAGUUUAUGACCAGUUCACACUCGCGACCCCCCUGCCUUCCUCUUGAUGCAGACAUUCUUCUGAGAACCACAACAGACUUCAUCCGAAACUCUCCACAAAACCUUUUUAAUAAUUCUUAUUUUAAUAUUCAGGAAGUAAGCCGGCAGUCCUCUUAACUGCGCUCUGUAGCUAUCCCCACAAGGCAGCUGCGAGAAAAGCUGUGUGUCUAUGCAACCUGCCCCAGAGCGGCAUGCCUCCCCCCAGUGGACUGGAGGGGGGACGGCAGCCCCUCCUGUCGUCACAACCAGACUGUUCUACUGCUGGCUCAGCUCGGACUUCAACAGAAAACACACAUUAAAAAAGAAAAAACUCAAAUAGAAUUUUGUACAUAUUACGUUUGAACUGGCAACACCAAGACUACUGACUGGAUCGUUUUCUUUUGUUUCCACUUUUUUAUUCUGUUUCGUGCGUUCCCUCCCUUUCCCUCCCCCCGCGAGACGAGUACUUAGCCUAGCAGGUCUUUUUGUAUUGGUAGACGCCCCCCUCGGUCAGGUAAAACCAGAUAAAAACUGUUUUGUAAUGUGAAAAGUGGAGUGACGCAACAUUUCCCCUGUUUUCUUUUUUGGAAUCAGUUAAAGCGUUCUUCUGGUUUUAUUUUUGCUUUCGGUUUUGAAGGAGAGGAAACGGUUUGUAGACAAAACAACCAAGUCCUGGAGAAAAGGGUUGCACAUAGAUAAAAGAGUGAACUUUAAUUUGUGUUGUUUUGUUUUUUUUUGUUUUUUUUUUAUUUGGAUGUAAAUUUACACUAUUUAUAAAUGCAUAUUUAUUGCUUGAAAAUAUUUGUUGAUGGAAUGCUGUAAUUUUUUUUGUUUGUUUGUUUUUCUUCCAGAGUACCUGCCAUUAAAUUUGAAGGCACCGUGUGAUUUUUAAAGCUCGGCCCCUUUGAACGUUUAUAUAAAUAAAAAAAAAAAACUGCUUAGUAAGCGUUGUACAGAGACCUUACCUUGAAAUGGGUUUAUUGUUUGAAGGAUGUUUUAUGCAUCAAUAAACAGAAACUGUCUUUAUUUA